UUCAAAUUGAAGAGCUACUUUAUAAACUUUUCAAAACUUUAGAAAAUAGUCUUGAAAGUGUUAAAUUCCAAUCUCUAGGGACUAUCAUUGAUGGAAAAGCAUUUCAUAGUAUAGUGGUAGCACACAUGAGAAACAUACAAGAUGGCAAGCUCUUUUCUCCACACAGGCUGGAAGAAAGGUGAAAAGAAUGGAACUCCACCACCCGAAGAGAACAAACCAGUUGGUGAAAAGAAUGGAACCCCAUCACCUAAAGAGGAUACAGCUCAUGGUAAAAGUGACAAUGCUAAAGCACAACCAGAACUUACACCACUCUCUGUCCUGGCUGCUCCCAAAAAUUCCAAUGAACCUGAGAAGUCAGAACCAGUUUAUGAUACCAAGCUACCUGUAGGAGAUAUAGCUAAAAGGUUUAAACAUGCUGAAGCUCGGGCUGCAGAACAAAAUGGGGACAAGGGGAUAUAUGAAGCAAGGGUUGAUUUGGCUUUAGAGGAUAAUCCUAAUUCACCAAUGAAUGGUUCUAGUCAAAGUGUGAAUGAACCUGUAUAUGAGAUUUAUGACACCGCUGGACGGGAAGAUUCCAAUCAAAGGGAAAGACCAGGUUCAAUGGAAAGCCCUGUUAAAAGGGGAGUGAAGGAUAUAAUAAGGAACAUUGAAAAGAGUAAAUCACUUGAACAUGUACCAUCCACAGAGGCUGAUAGCACUGGGGAUAAACUUACUCAUAGCAAAAGUGAAAUUAUUCUGGAUGAACAAUCCUUCAAUCAAAUGUCAAAUCUAGCCAGGGAUAAACGAAUAGGGAGAAGAGGAAAGGAAAACUCAAAAUCCCCAGUGGGCACUCUAAAUCGUGAUAACCAUGAAGCUCAGACUGAUGAACCUCUGUAUGCUUCAGUUGAAAAAGAGAAAAACGCAGGAGAUGCUGAUGAGGAUAUCUAUGACAAUGUGUACAUCCCUGGUGUGUCAGAUAGUGGAGUGUUCAGUAAAGAGAAGACACCAGAGAACCUGGUGGAUGAUGAUGAAUGGAGGAAGAAGAGCACUGUAUAUGUUGAUGAGAGCCCUAUCAGUGAUCAAAUCAAAGACUAUGAGACAUUAUAUGAUUCUGUCACACGAGCACCUGUUGGCUACAGUACUACAAGUGUUCGGCAGAAAGUGACUAAGAAGGAAGACUUUGAAUCCAGCCAGACAGUAGUUUAUGAAGACGUGAAUAAAGAUACAGACAGGGUCCAGUCAGACAUAAGUUGGGGGUCAUCAGAAUUUGAGUCUUAUUCAGAAAACGAGGAUGAUGCGAUAAAGAGUCCAACAUCUCCAAUCAGUACAGAUACCAUUGAAAGCCACAGAGUGAAGCCAGGGGGAGUUAAAAGGGACAGGGCACCAUCUGACCCUACCACUAAUCAGAAUGUGAUUGAGAGACUAUACCAGCUUGGGAAGUUGAAGGCAGGCUAUAAGGGCAGUAAACGUGAGGCAUACGAUAGUGAAGAGGGGGAGGACGAAAAUCUCUACAUGCAUGUCAAGUUGAACCAAGAGAAACAUCCUCCCCCUCUGCUACCUGCACCCCCACCCACUCUCAACAGUCAACAGUUAAAACGUAGACACAUAGUUGCAUCAGUUGUGGAAAGUGAGAAUUCCUAUGUGUCGUCACUGAGGAGGUUGGUUGAGGAGUACCUGACCCCACUAGAGCAGUCCAAACCAUCCAUUCUGAGCAGCAAUACAUUGAAAUGUAUAUUCUACAAGAUCAGAGGAGUCCUCCAUUGCCACAAUAUGUUCCAGAUUGAGCUAGCAGAAACUGUCAAGAAAUGGGAUGAAGAUGAAACUAUUGGGAAUGUCUUCACUGCAUCUUUCUCCAAGUCCAUGGUGUUUGAGGUGUAUAGUGCCUAUGUUAAUAACUUCUCUGUAGCAUGGGAAGCCCUUAAGAAAUCAACCAGAGACAAGCAGCAGUUUGCAGACUUUCUUAAUCAAAAGCAACGUGCCAGCCCUGAUAAGCUGUCCAUAUUUGGUUUGAUGGUGAAACCUGUCCAGAGAUUCCCUCAGUUUAUACUUUUACUUCAGGACCUACUAAAGUACACACCUCGUGAACACCACGAUAGACUUCCCCUCCAGGUGGCACUCACUGAGCUGGAGAACCUUGCUCAUAGACUGAAUGAAAAGAAAAGAGAGAGUGAACAAAGACAUGCAGCCAGACAGGUGCUGGCUAACAUGGGCAGAACUGGUCAGAAGGCAGAGACUGCAGGACAGUACCUUGUCAGACAAGAUGAUCUUGUGCAGCUAGAACACAACCAGCAAACAGACACAGUCAAGACAAAGUCACGAAGAUUGUUUCUCUUAAAUGAUAUGCUCAUCUGUGCAACAGUAAUACAAAAGGAGUCAGAUAGUGGUCCAGUGGAGAAGUUACGUAUCAAAUGGAAUGUGACCUUGAAGGAUGUAGAGGUCAUUAACACUACCCUCACAUCCAAGAUGGAGUACACAUACAGGGGUCCCCCUGGAAGGUCCACUAUAGUUCUGAAGAAACAUGACCAGGAUGUAGAAUCCCAGUGCAGCAGUGACCUAGAUGACAUGAUGCAUGAUCUCCCCCUUAUCAUACAGAUUGGUCAACUAGCAAGUCAGCUACGUCUUCCUGUUCAGGGAUUGAGUCAGGAAAACAUCAACUCAAAGGUCCGGGAACUUCAAGGUCAAAUUACGCUGAAGGAUAAGCUAGACACAAGGACUAUACAACUUUCUAUGCCAGCCAGGGGAGGUAGAGUGAUUCAGACUAUGCAGACUGUGGGGACUAAGAGCAGAGAGGCUUGGAUUGAUGAUUUCUACUACACUAAACUAGCACUAGGGUCAAGCAACAAGCCAGCAUGGAGUAUACCAGAACCUAAUGUCACCAGUUUUGCACGUCUACCUUUGUUCAUGAACCCUCUUCCACUGAAUAUCACCGAACAAUACACCCAGAUAUCAUGUGCUGUGCCAUUAAUUCUCCCCAUGGAGAAUAGUGAAGGAAUGGGGGUUCCACACAUGUGGGUUUGUAGUGGAGAUGAGAGCAGUGGACAAGUCAGUAUAGUUUCCUUCUACACAACUUGUCCAAGGAUAGUUGAAUCAUUCAAGGUAACAGAUAGCAGGAUAGUCAGUGCAGAGCUGGUGCCUGGGCAUGACAUCACUUCAGAUACUAUCUGGAUGGCAACUUCUGACUCAAAGAUGAGCAUUUCCCACGUGGAGUCAAAAGGUCGCCAUCAGUCCACACUUACCUUCCCUACUCAGGCGCCUGUGGUGAAGAUGCUUUAUAUGAGAGAUACUCUGUUUGCUGGCAUGGACAAUGGUUCUUUAGCUGUAUAUAGAAGGACAAAAGAAGAUGUCUGGGAUUAUAAUGCCCCUGAGUUGUUAGAGUUGGGCUCUACCCCAGUAACCUGCCUGCUGGCUAUAGAUGAUUACAUUUAUAUCUCAGUUGGCAACAACAUCACCAUCUAUGAUAUAUCAUCCUCUACCAAACAUGAGACUCACUCUGUUGGCAGUGCAAGCUGUGAGGUAUGUCACAUGGUACGUGCUGGUGUAGGUCUGUGGGUGAGCAUGAAGGGAGAGUCUGUGCUACGUCUCUACCACCUGGAGACUUUCCAGCAUCUCCAGGAUAUUAACAUUGCAUCUGCAGUACACAGGGUCAUCUCAGGUCAAGAACAGGGGAAUGAGCCAACAGAUCUCGGUGUGACAUCAUUACUCUCUAGUCGUGGUUUACUUUGGAUUGGUACCAGUUGUGGCCUCAUCCUAACCCUCCCCCUGCCCCGUCUCGAGGGGGUUCCUCUCAUAAGUGGACGACCAAACGUGUCACUUCAUGGACAUUGCAGUAGUGUAGUUUUCUUAGCACCAAUUUAUUGUGGUGUAAUUCAUGAUUAUUUCCCGCUCAAACAAGAACCUGUUGAGGAUCUUGAGGAAGAUAUUUCUUAUGAAAAAGGACCUGAUGAAUCUCCAUGUGAAACUGUAAGCAAUGUGGACACAAGAUGUUUGACACUAUCAGACAAUGCCAUAUUGGAUUCACGAACAGAUUUAUCAAAUGAUAUAAGCACACAUGCCGCAGUGAGGUCCCGUUCCUUGCCACACUUACUUAAUGUGGAGGAUGAAGUUAGCACCUUAUAUGGCUGUCUAAUGCAAAAUGACAUUGUAAUAAAUGCAAUGCAACGAUACUCUGUCCCUACAGGGCCUAGUGGCACCAUGCUUGAUGGACAUAAAUCCACAAUAGGUGGCAGCACUAAACAUUCCUCAAUUAUGGAAGAGUGUCCAAUAUAUGAAGGCCAGGAAGAGGAGGAACACACUCCAGGGCAGAAACCAAUCAGUCGUUCUGUCAGUAGGAGAACUGUUAAGGGAGAUAUUCUGCCAGGGGGUGUAUCGUCAAAGCUAGCUCUAGCCAAGUCUGUUGUGAUUGUGAGUGGUGGAGAUGGUCAUGUAAAUUGGAAUACCAAUACAGAUGUCAGGUAUGAGGAUAUCUUACUGCUCAUGUGGCAGUUUAAACAAGGCUAAGAGAUUUCAUUAUGAACAUUGGAAGUAAAGCAAGAAAAGUGACCUAUUAUUACAUGUUAAGCAAUGAUAUUGCAUUGUUUUGCAAUGACAUUGCUUUGUUUUGCAAUGACAUUACCUUGUUUUGCAAUGAUAUUGCCUCGUUUUGCAAUGACAUUGC